UAUUUGCGUAACAUCCGGGCCUCCGUAGGCACGCUGCAGGUUUUUCCAACAUGGCUGCGUCCAUCACUCACCCUGCGCUGUCCUCCUUAUGCAAAAUAAACUGUAAUAUUAAUGGAAUAUACAGUUUAAUUUCAUUCAGCAGGAGGAUUUCAAUCUCCUCUGUCCUCUCUACAAGCGCCGUGACCACAGAAACAGAAGCUGCAGGCCGAGGUGUUCGGGGUCAGCGGAGGUCAAAGAGACAGGCUGGGCAGCCCAGGACCGAGCGGAUGGCGGUGGAUCAGGACUGGAACGCAGUUUAUCCCACUGCGGCAUCAUUCAAACCAUCUGCGGUUCCUCUGCCGGUGCGGAUGGGAUAUCCCGUGAAGAGAGGCGUACCACCUGCCAAGAAGGGCAACCUGGAACUGAUAAAGAUCCCAAACUUUUUACACUUAACCCCGGUUGCUAUUAAGAAGCACUGUGAGGCCCUGAAGCAGUUCUGUACGGAGUGGCCAUCUGCCCUGGACUCGGAUGAGAAAUGCAUGAAGCAUUUCCCAAUCCAGGUGCAGAGUAAGGAAUUCGUAUCCGCUGGAUUGUCGCUGCGAAACCCAGACGCGAGGAUAGUGACUCUGAAGGUGAAGCUCUCCAGCUUGAAUCUGGAUGAUCACGCCAGAAAGAAGAUGAUCAAACUCAGUGAAGAGCGAUACUGCAAAGACACCGACAUGCUCACCAUCACCACAGACAGUUGCCCGCUGAGACAGCAGAAUUACGAUUACGCCAUGUACCUCCUCACCGUGUUGUACCACGAGUCCUGGAAAACUGAGGCGUGGGAGCAGGAAAAGACGCGUGCGGAUAUGGAGGAGUACGAGUGGGAAGACAGUCCAUCCCAAAGCGUUGUGGACACCCUCCUGCGCAUGCGACCACUUGGAGCGAGGGAUGAGGUGGAGGAGGGAACCAGGGAGGAGCUGUUGGGGCAGCCGGCGGUGCAGGAGUACAGAGACUCGAUGCUCAGGCUGAAGAACGAGGGAGAGACUGAGGAAAAUCUACAGAAGUAUAAAGAGGCUGUGAAGAAGCUCUUUAAUAUCUGAGGAACGCAGAAGAAAAUCUUCAGCCUGUGAACUCCAUUAUAGGGAAUAUACAUGUAUCAUUUCAUAUUAAAAUGUGUUUGGGGAAACUAAAAGCAGUAAGGUGACUUUUUUUUCCACCAAUGAGCCAUGCAUUGUUUUUCUCAUUUUGUUGUUUUCAAAUUAUAUGCAAGAUUCUGCUUAUUCAUGAAAAAUAAAUUAAUGACAAUUAAUGAGCAAA